AUGCACGAACAUCCCGACGACGGAUGGGUCACCUUUGGACAGAGAUCGAUCGCCAUGAAAAACCAGGGCCCUGGGACUCGGAGUAUCCAUCAGUUUUGGUAUGAGCUGGCCGGACCACGCCUCAUGGAGAUAUACCUAGUCGCAUGGUCUUUCCCUCAAGGCAUCAGCCAGCAGCUCCUCGAUGCAAACUUGCGAUCCGAAAGCCAUGCCUUGCUUGACUUGCAACCGACAAUCAAGACUGCUCUCAAUUCUCUUGCACCUAUUGAGCGUCUGCCUCCCGAAACGUUGAGCUAUUGUUUUCUAUUGCUCAGGACCGAGGAAGUGGGGAGAUUGAGAGACGAGGAUGACUAUCUCUCCGACUCGACCGGCAUAGAGUGGCUAAUAGCUAUCACCCAUGUCUGUCGAAGGUGGCGGACUGUAGCGCUGGAUGCAAAGGCUCUUUGGCGUCAGCUAGACGUGCGCAGUGGUCCUCAAUGGUCCAAAGCUAUGUUAUCGCGGGCUGGGUCUCUCCCGCUCGUUAUUAAUUGCCACAGUCUUGACAUUGAAGAUUGUGUGGCUUGGAUUCAGGACGACGUCAUUCCCAACAUGGACCGUGUAGAAGAGAUACAUCUAUCUUGCAGGCUUUCUCCUUCGGAGUGGGACUACCGUAACGGACUUGUGGAGUUAUGCGCUCACGCGGCCCCAAUGCUAAAAUCAUUUCAUUUCGCGCUGGAACUAGACGACCGCCCGUUCACAGACAUACACUUCCCAGAGCCCUUAUUUGGCGGAGCCGCUCCUUCGUUAUCCCAAAUCACACUCGCGGGCGUCAUGUAUUUCUACUCUCCUCCCUGUUCGUCCUUCCACAACCUGACAUCGCUGUUCUUAUCUGCUGCCGUUGAAACAGACUUUACAGGCCAUAAGUUUCGCGAUGAAGAUAUAUGGUGGGGACCCUCAGUCGAACAGGCCCAUAUUAACUUUGAUGACCUGCUCGACGCUCUGGAACAGUCACCCUCUCUCCAGUACUUGACAGUCAUUUUGUGCUUGGGGUCCGACCGUGACGUUGAACCCGACCGAAACGUGGCACGUGUUGUGCGACUUCCUCACAUGAAGAACAUCAUACUUUGCGACGAGGCUUCUGAAUGUGCGCGCCUGAUGCAACAUAUCUAUCUCCCUCCGACCUCUCUUCGAUCUAUCUCCGCCGCGAUAGAAGAGGAUAUGCUAAACGAUGAGGCCUUACUAGAGGACCUCGUGAGGACGCUAAUGCUCCAUGACAGUAUGCAAGGCCGCAUGCGGGUCGUUUCCAUCGAACUUGAGCAUGACUUCGUACCAUGGCGGUACCCUGGUGAGCCCACGUUGAGCGGGACGCAUGCUUAUCUGAAACACUGGCUCCAUCCUCCUCCCAAUAUACCCUACGACGACUGGGAGAUCCAGCUCCCGGCGGACAUCCCCGAUAUGAAAAUCACACUCAUAGGAGCUUCUGGCAUGGAAGAUGAGUUACAUUCCAUCAUGAACGCGUUCACCCGAGGGAUGGAUUUUAGCGCAGUGGAGACAUUUUCCGCUUAUUUUCAUGUCAGCCCUUGGUACUUUGACCCGUCUACGCUUUCCGUGGACUGGUGGUUGGAUAAUCUCGGUCAGAUGCGACAACUGAGCCGCAUUGCCCUAUCCGAGAGGCUGGGCAAUAUCUUCAUUGAGGUUCUCUCCCGGCGUGGAACAGGCGAAGGCAUAUUUCACCCUAAACUUAGCCAUGUCGCACUAUCCCAGGUCGACUUUGACGAACGUCUCUUUGGCGAGCAGACGGCAUACGAUACCUUAUACUCUACACUCAACGCAAGGUCGUCAUCGGGGCGACCCCUACAGUGGCUAUUGCUCGAGGAUUGCACGAUCUCGAAGCGCUGGGUACAGGAACUGUCGAAGGUAGUCGACGGCGUGUUGUGGGACGAUGACUGGGGCAGUCUUGAGGACGAGGACGAAGGCGACGCCAGUGACAGCGAUAGUGAGGACGAGGAUGAGUAUGAUGACCACGACGUUCGUAGACACUUUCGAAGAGGUGGAAUGGUGAUAGAUGGCGUCUGGGCCGAGCCAUCGGGGUUGGGGGAUUCCUUGGGAGAUGAGGUGGGCGACGAAGAGACGAACUAG